ACGUUAGGUGCCCAGAGACUUGGGACAGCCGUGAGAAGCUAUUUGGGGACCUUGCGAUGGUUUAGUAUUCCAGCAAGUGUUGGCUUUGCUUAUAUUUGUUAUCAGCAGUUCUGGCAUGUUAAGGAAAGAGAGGAAAGAAGACUCAAAUCUGGUGAAUUGGUUGCUCAGUGGCAGGUAAGGGAUGAUUGCGUGACCUUUUUGUGUUGUCACGCAACAUAUCAAUACAUUUUUUUAGAAGAACGCCUAAUUUAAAGGUUGCGGCUGAGAUUGAACAUUCCUAGUUUUCUUUUUGUGAUUUUAGCCUGAAAAUGUUCUCAACAUAUCCAUAAAGGAAAGACAUUUUUAGCUACAGACAGAGUUGUUCUUCAGUGGAUCACAUCAAGAAAACCACAUUUUUAACUAAGUAUUUGAGUUAAUUGUCCUGUUAGACUAAAGUUUCAUUUAUUUUAGAAUUAUUUGUACUAUCCUAAAGAAAUGAGGUGACUCUCAGCCUGGGUGUGUUUUUAGUAUGUUCUUAAAAUUUUGUAUUUAAACAUUCAUUUAAAAGGAGGUUUUUGGUACAAAAAAUGAGUGUGUAUUCUACACUGUACACCCUCAUAACAUUUUCUUCCUUUGAAUAUGUGGGCUCUCUUUUUGUUUUCAGGUUGCCUUAAUGAAGAAGCUACCAACAAGAGCUUUUUCUCGUGUAUGGGGUAAAUUUUGUGACCUGGAUUUACCCCUUUGGUUGCGUAAACCUGUCAUUGGAACAUUUUCGUGGUAUUUUUCCUGUAAUGUUGCUGAAGCUGUGGAAGAAGAAAUUAUUAAUUAUCCAAGCCUGGGAGCUUUCUUUAGGAGACAACUUAAACCUAACACUAGAAAGAUCUGCAAGGCUAGUUCUAUUGUAAGUAUACUUCAGGCUACAUUCAAGUCAACGUGAGUCCGCCAAUCACCCCCAACCCCACAAAAUUUUUGCAAAAGCCCCAUUUCAGGCUAAAAGAAGUACCCCUCUGUGGUUAAGUCAAAAGGUAUAUUAUUCAAGAUUAAAAGUGAAGCUAAAUGUUGCAAAUAUGUGUGUAUCAAAUUACCAAAUAAAUUAGCAUGAGAAAACACCCCAUUGGUAUAUCGUGUCCUUCUACACUUCGCAGGGAUGCAGCACACUUUUUUGCAGAUUCCUUUGCCCUCAAUGCACGACAUACGUUGUCAAACAUGAUCAGAGUGGCAACUAUUGUUUUAUCAGUAGCGAUUGUCCCAACUUCAAUUUCAUUGAAAAUAUCCAUAGGGAGGCUCAAUUAACCUUUGAAACUUUUGGAGGUUUUAGGGUUAGAUAAGGAAACAGUUGGUGUGUACAUUUUUUUUAUAUUUCAAGUCAAACAGGUUUUUCACUUUCUGACCUCUUCCUUUGACAAACUUGGUAAAUGCUUUAAAGGGUGCAAUGAAACCAGUCUAACACGCAAUAGUUCUGUUCAUCACCAUGGUAACAUUACUUUACUGAUAAUAUUGACUGCCUUUUUUUUCCAUUUUGUAAGGUCAGUCCAGCUGAUGGGCGUGUUCUUCAUUUUGGUGUAGUGGAAAGAGACGUGGUAGAGCAAGUCAAAGGAAUGACUUAUUCAAUGAAAACUUUCCUUGGACCUGACCAGCCAUCUACUUCAACACUCAGGGAAUUAGAACUUAAUGAGGAUAAAAAGCUUUAUCACUGUGUUAUUUAUCUUGGACCUGGUGACUACCAUUCAUUUCACUCUCCUAGUGAAUGGAAUGUUUCCCUCAGGAGACAUUUUCCAGGUUAGUUUUCAUAUAUGGACUGCAUGUCCAUGGGGAAGUUUAAGAAAAGAAUCAAAAUUUUAUUUUUUAAGCCCUGAGAGUUUGUCUGUUCCUGGGGAUCAAACCUAAGACUGUUGUGCUCCAGUCCAUUCCUUUACUGACUAAGUUUACACUAAAAAGUGAAAUGGAAUACAAUAGCCUUUUUUUCUUCUACCCAUUUACACACCAAACAAUAGUCCUUUAAGCCCCAACAUCCAGACAAGUUUUCCACAUCAAUUUCUAUACACUUCAUUAAAAAUAAGUUGAGAGAAUUUGUUUAAAGGUCUAAGCAUAUUCCCCUUGGUGAUCAUUUUAUAAAUUCUCGUAACCUUUCCUCUUGAUAAUGUAUCGACACUGUUAGGAGAUAAUUGAUGUUGGUCAUUCUUGGGACUUAAAGGCAUAAUGUAUUAAUACUUUGUAGUACCGUUAUAGAUAAAAGAUAUAUAUUUAAUAAUAUUAUUUGUUAUUUCUUUCCUUGAUCCAUACAGGAGACUUAUUUUCCGUUCACCCAGGAAUUGCAAGAAUAAUGUCUGGUUUGUUUAACCACAAUGAACGUGUUGUUUUGAGUGGUACAUGGAAGCAUGGAUUUUUUAGUUUUACUGCAGUUGGAGCUUACAAUGUUGGAUCUAUUGUCCUUAAGUUCGAUGAGGUAAAAAGUAACACACAAAAUGCUUUUCAGUAA